AUGACCUCCGACACUGGCUUGGAUUCUCCACCCAAUGCCGAAACAGCUUCGCAGGGUUCUGCACAGGGUUCUUUCGCGGGCGUGAAGAAUCAACUCGAUGAUCUGACCAGAUCUUCGGUCACGGAUUUCAAGGGGAAUCUCGUCGCUGUCGCUGGCGACGCGGUCAAUGGCGUGAAGGAGACGGUCGCUGAGGGGAUCCCGAUGGCUAAGGAGUCGUUGCAGAGCGCGCAGGAUCGCGUUCAGUCUUUGGUGAAAGGUGUUGAGGAAACCGUUGAGCCAGCGCCCGAAGAGAUAGAGGCGAAUGCGAGAGAUGCAGAGCAAAUUGAUCAGAUGGAUACGGAACAAAUUUGCGAUUUCUUAAGAGAAAAGCAUCGGAGUAUGAAUCCUCCGCCAUCGACGACAUGA